GAACAUCAACAGAACAACGCCACCUCGAAACCAGUCAGUUGUGUGUAUCGAGAUUCUGGCAGUCGUACACAGUUUUUCCUUUUCCUAGCUGCGAAAAAGCGAUCGCUUUUCGCGAAAUUCUUUCUAUUUGAUUGCAAUCUCUCCGUGUCAUUUAGACAAGCCUUUUUUUUUUAGUUUGAAAAAAUAGCCACGUUUUUCUGUCUCCAAAGCAAGAACCCUUUUUGGUUUGUUGUCGAAUUCACUAGGGAUAAUAGGAAAAAUGGCCAGUCUCCGUCUACUUGCUGAGGAUGGACCCGUUUUGGGUGAAAAUGUUGUAGAGUCAUGGGUCGAAGUAUCAGAGCAACCCAUCAGUCCAACUGCGGAGCGUCCGACUCAUCUUCCGCAUGGUCCUGAUGAUUAUCUGAGAUUGCUGAGAGAAGCCCAACGUGAUAGUAAUCAGUCUUCAGCUUUGGUCUCCUUGGCUUCCACCCGAAAAAAUUCGCCGCACAGCUCACCCAAGUCGCCUCCAAAUAGUCCCAACACUGAACCAGCCGGCGAAGGAGAAGAAUUGAAGGGAUUCUACAUCAACUACUGCACCAAGGAAGGAACAAGUCUUGAAAAUGACACCGAUUGGGUUUGGGACUGGUCUAGUCGUCCUGAGCAACAAGCACCCAAAGAGUGGAAGUUUAUGCACCCGGAAGGACGUCUCCCGAUAAAGAAGCCGUACGGUUACAGCAUUCGUUUCGCUAAAGUCGGAGGCACAAGUGUUUUUUCCCGGCAAGUCUUAUACACGAUGGUAAUCACAAACUUGGUGACACUUCUACUUGGCACUGGCAUUGGAUUCUGGCUAAGUCGGCGUAGUAACGACGUUUUACUGAACCUGGACUAAAGCCACAGAGUCUCUACCAGUCUCUCCUUGGUAACGGAUGCCCUGAAAGCGAAAUGAUAUACAUGUACAGCUGAUGUCCAUUUUAAGCUUAGAUAAAGGCUUGGCUGUGAAGAAACAUUUUUUCUUUAAGCAUCUAUAACUUUUUUCACUUACAAAAUUUUCUCCACAUUUGGUCUUUCUGGCACCCUUAUGCCUAUAAUUGUCAAUCGAUCUAAGAUUUCUUCGUUUCUUUUUUAAAUAUUCGAGAAAAAGCUUCCAUUGAUUUCUGGUUUUGUGUGCGGAAUUAUUGUAGAAGGGUCGGAAGCAAAAAAUUUGUUUGAAAAAAACUGGGUUUUUCGGAUAUCGCGUAAAACUAAGCAAUCAUCUUUUUCCGAGUGUCACUGUUUCGUCCCUAUUCACAGUUUAUGUUAAACAAUACAAUUGCGUCAUAUUCAUA